ACCCUCGUCCGGCUUGGGUCAACCAGGUUAGGACAGCAUGAUGAGAGGGGGUGUUGUUGAGCCCCUGAGAUGACGGACCACCACCACAUCACAUAAGAUAACCUCCAACAGACGGACACAAUGAAGGCCUUAAGCGUUCUCUGCCUGGCGGCCUCGGCCAGCGCCCACGCCAUCUUCCAGCGCGUGUCGGUCAACGGCGUCGACCAGGGGCAGCUCAAGGGCGUACGCGCGCCCUACAGCAACAGCCCCAUCCAAAACGUCAACGACGCCAACUUUGCCUGCAACGCAAACAUCCAGCUCAAGGACAACACGGUCCUCACCAUCCCCGCCGGCGCGAGGGUCGGCGCCUGGUGGCAGCACGAGAUCGGCGGGCCGUCCGGCCCCAACGACCCGGAUAACCCGAUUGCUGCGUCUCACAAGGGCCCCAUCAUCGUCUACCUCGCCAAGGUGGACAACGCCGCGACGACGGGCACGACGGGCCUGAAAUGGUUCAAGAUCGCCGAGGCCGGCCUGAGCGGCGGCACCUGGGCCGUCGACACCAUGAUUGCCAACAACGGCUGGCACUACUUCACCAUGCCCUCGUGCAUCGCCCCGGGCCACUACCUGAUGCGCGUCGAGCUCAUCGCCCUGCACUCGGCCGGCAGCACCGGCGGCGCCCAGUUCUACAUGGAGUGUGCCCAAAUCCAAGUCACCGGCUCAGGCAGCUUCACCCCAUCCUCAACCGUCUCCUUCCCCGGCGCCUACAGCGCCUCGGACCCGGGCAUCCUCAUCUCCAUCUACGGGAGCAGCGGCCGGCCCGACAACGGCGGGCGCGCCUACCCCAUCCCCGGUCCCGCCGUCAUCAACUGCGCCAACUCCCCGCCCGCUAGCACCACCCUGGCCACCUCGGUCCGCCCGACUACCACGGCGCAGCAGCCAACAUCCACCCCGACGGGCGGCAGCGGUGCUGGUGCGCCGCUGUAUGGCCAGUGCGGCGGCCAGGGCUGGACGGGCCCGACCACCUGCGCCCAGGGCACCUGCAAGGUGUCUAACCAGUGGUACAGCCAAUGCCUUCCCUAAGCACACGGUGUGCUAAGGGGGGGGGGGAAGAUUACUAGUCCUAGUAA